AUGAGAGUUACUAUACAAUCAACAAGUCAUGGUCCUAGUGCUUAUAUUCAAUUUGCUACAGACCAUGGUGUUACUAAAGUACUUGAACAAGGACCUAUUAUUCUUAAUAAUCAACAAAUACGAGCAGAAAAGGCUAAAACACAAAUGACCUUAUUCUUUGCUAAAAUGGGUAGUUUAAUGACUCAAAAACAAUUUAAACAAGAAUGUGAAAAAUUUGGAGAAGUAGAAGAAGCUACAAUUAUUACUGACAGAGAAACAAAAAAGUCCAAAGGAUGUGGGUUUGUUAAAUUUGUUUAUAGGGAUGAUGCAGUUAGUUGUUAUAAUUAUCAUAAAUAUAAAAAAAUAUAUAUUGUUGAAUGGGCACGAUCACCAAUCCAUCGUGCAAGUCAAGCUGAUAGAUAUACUAUUUUUGUUGGGAAUUUAUCAAAAAAACAAGCAAACCAAAAAACUAUUGAAAGUAAAUUUAAGAAAUAUGGUAAAAUAGAACGUAUUACCGUUAUUAAUCGACCAAAUGAAACCACUGCUUAUGCUUUUGUUAAAUAUGAUAAUACUUUAUCUCCUUCAGAAGCUAUUCAAACAGAAAAUAAUAGUGAUUGGGAUGGUCAAAUUAUUGUUGUAGAAUUGUCUGAAAAUACAAUUCCAAAUAAAAAAGAUUCUUCUCAUAAUCUUCAGUCAUUAAGUUCAAUAAAUAUUAAACCUCUUGUACCUGAAUCUUCUAAAGAGAGAAAUAAUACUACUCCUAUUCAUACUUCUUUUAAACAAAAAAGAGAUACUUCAAAAAGAGAAUAUACUUCUUCGCAUAUUUUAUAUUCACCAUCAGAUUCUUCUUCUCAAAGUUCUGAUCAAACUUCUCCUUCUAUUCAAUCACCAUUAACUAAUUCCCCUUAUAGUUUUUCUCCAUUAUUUACUUCUCCACAUCAUACUUCUCCUCAAUCAAAUUCACCUCAUGCUCUUUCACCUCAUACUCGCUAUAAGAAACAUCAAUUCCCAAUUCAACAAUUCAAUUUACAACAAAUGUCUCCAAUUCAACAAUCACCAAAAUCUGUUAGAAAAAUUCAAGGAAUUCAAUCCUCUCAUACUCCACAUAAUCUGAAUCAAAUACAACCAAAUCGUUCUGUUCCUAAUCUUGUAUAUCAAGAUAUGUCUCAUACAAAUAUUCCACAACAACUCCAUCGACAGAAAUAUCACCUUGUUGAUUCUAUUAAAACUAAAUCCCUUGAUGUUACAAGUUAUAAUGAUUCAGAAUACGAAUUUGAUUCUGUUUCAGACCCAAAGAAAAUAAAUUUUAGUGAAGGUGAUACUGAAUUUAAAAAGGAAUUAAGUCCUGAAGAUGAAGAAUCUAAAACAAUGGAUAAUUUGAAUUCUCUUCCUGACAUUGCUUUUUCAUCAUCAAUGUCUCAUGACUCAUUAUUAGCUGAUGCCAUGGAAACACCAAUGCAAAAACUUCGUCGAGAAGAUGAUUUUGAUAUAGAAUCCUUCAUUAGAAAAUCCUCUUUUUUGACUGAUGAAGAUUGA